ACUGGUGGAUUGACUCCUAAUGAUCCUCUGCCUAUUAUCUGCCUCGUGAAUUAUAAUCUUGAUCACUUUAGUGCCAUGCCAAAUGUGGACAAAAUCAAUGAAUUGCUACACAAGAGCACAACCCAUAAAGGCCAAUGGCUCAAAUCUUCCCAGGGAGAUGACCCAGAUGAUGGGAUCUCCUUGCUGGAUUUGCCAAAGGAUGGUGCAGCUGCCUCAAGGGUCAAACAGAAAGAUCUACAGAGUGCUGAGGCCUAUGUGCACGUUAAGCCCAUGUUGGUAGGGACAUUUAGUGACAUAGCAAUGUGGUUAUUUUAUCCUUUCAAUGGUCCUAGAAGCCUCAAGGUGCAGUUGUUUUAUAAUUUAAGUUUGGGUAAAAUAGGACAACAUCUGGUUGAUUGGGAGCAUUUUACUCUCGAAGACACCUAA